GUGAUACUAUAACAGAGGCCAUAGACAGAGGCCAUGGUACACAUCAACCAUCAGCUGUUGUCCACUCAAGUGACGGCCUUGACGGUGAAAAAUGACAUUAUUUUCAUCGGCGAAGGGCAGCAUCUCCACGUCCACAACAUCAACACUGGGGCUUGGUUGUCCAGUGUUGAAGUUUUCCGUGCGGCGGUGAUUCACGGCAUCCAGUUCCACUCCAGCCUCGUCUGCCAGGGAGAUGUGUGGAGGGCGGCCGUGUUUGGGCAGAAGAGUUUGGCUGUGUUGUGGUUUGAUCCCAGACUCUGUUUAUGCCGUGUGUUACUGGAAGAACGACACUUUGAUGACUGGAUCGUUGAUGCCGCCUGGGAAGAUGAUGCAUCACAUGUUGUUCUGGCGUUGGCACACAAUUCUCUUCUUCGUUAUCAAAUUCAAAAUUUGGUUGAAUCUAUUAAAGUAAAGUCAGUAUAUGAAAGCAAUCAAAGAGGAGCCAACAGUAAAUCUCUGGAAGCACAAGACAAGAUGGUGGACCCCAGAGAGGAAAAUACCUGUUUUCAUUAUGACCGAACAUCACAAAUGAGUGUAUUGAAGGCCGGUCACCGUAGCGACACACAGCGGCAAAAGCUAAGCAUUUAUCACAAGAGAGAUAGAUUUAUAGUCGCCACAGCUGAGAGUUCAGAAAAAUGUGUCCUGUUCUGCGGUCGUGUGGUGAUGAUGUCUGGUUCGUGGGAGAGCGCAGUCCUUCUGGCAGGCAUGGUGUCCCAGCAGCUGGUCGUAUGGGGAGCCUGGGGGGACACUGAUGAUAACGGCACAAUUGUUCCUCUUCAUUCCUUAAUUGGUCAUCAGGGCUCCAUCUUCUCCGUGAACUUCUGUCAUGACCAGAAAGUGAUCACCACCACAUCUGAUGACAGAAGUAUAAUUGUGUGGGACAUUAUUCCAGCACAGAAACAAUCUGACAAGGAUUCACACCCAACCUCUGCUCCCAUGGACCCUGAGCAGGAGAGACACUACUGGAGAGGUGCACACAUUGUACAAAAACUGAAAUGUUACGGACACAGCGCGAGAGUGUGGAGGUCGCUCAUCCUAUCCUCAUGUAUACUGAGUGUCGGCGAGGACUCAAAAGUGUGCGUGUGGGACCAUGAAGGAACUUUAUUCAAGUCUUGGAAAGCUCACGAUGGUUCCUCUAUAUGGAGCAUUGCAGCUACAGAGUGUCAGACUAAAGUGAUAACAGGGGGUGGAGACGGCAGUGUUAAGUCAUGGAGUCUUAAUACAAAAAGUUGUUCAGCUGCCGAGUCACUUGUUGACUUACCUUGGACCGCUGAGGUUCCAAGAUCGUCGGAUGAGGUUAUGAAUAAAAAAUCUUUACAAAUGGAAAACUUUACUAACAACUUCAGACAAGAAAAUGAAGAUUAUGAGCCAAGUAGUGAUGAAGACACGCAUAUAGAAAGUAGUAAUUGUAAAACACUCAUGAAAGAUAAAAUGAAAAUAUUAAAAAAAUCUGAAGGACAGGGGAAACUAAAAGGGGAUUUUCCAAGAUGUGUUUCACUGUUGGGACUAAACAAUUAUCUGGUUGUGAUGGACAGUGGAAAACUAUAUUGUUGGAUGAAGAACUCUGCCUCUUGGUGUCUCAGCUGUGAGGACAAACGUCUGGAGAAUUACGUGGUGAUGGAGACGUGUCCUGACCAAAAACUUGUAGCAAUUGGAACUUUGUGCGGUGACGUGAUCAUCCUUGGCUUAGGAGAUAGAGGCAUCGGGGUUCUGCUGGAGGAGAAGGUGUGUGAAGGGAAGGUGUUUGGCCUCACCUGGCUGGCUCAAGACCACCUCCUCGUGUGUCGGGGGUCAUGUCCACCUGGCUGUUCAUCUCCAUACAGCCUUGGGGUGACCUUGACAGCCCGGGGUACUUUGGCCAGCCUUGGGUACUUUGGACAGCCCGGUGACUUUGGCCAGCCCUGGGGUACUUUGGAAAGCCCUGGGGUGACUUUUGGCCAGCCCUGGGGUGACUUUGGACAGCCCGGGGUGACUUUGGACAGCUCUAACGAAAUGCCUACAAUUGCCUCAAAGGUAUUUGGACCAUUGGCCUUAUCAGAACUGGAUGAACAGUUGAAGGAUGCUCAUUGUGAAACAAUAUUAACUGAUAAAGCAACCAUUGAGCACCAAAAUCUUCCCUAUGAGGGUGUUCAAAGUAGAAGACUUGAAGGACUUCUGCAAUUUGUGGAGACUGAAUAUAAACAGCUACUGGGAAAAGAUGCUGUAUGCACCCAAAUAGGAACUCCUGGUACCACUCACUGGGUACUCACACCAAAACGCACUAACUCUCACAGCACCUUAGCACCAAUAAACCUGUGGCACCUGCCAGUACAACACUACCCCAGGGGCAACACUCCAGUGGCAGCCAAGGGAGUCUCAUUACCAAAGUCUCUGCUAAUCAUAGGUGAAAAAAAGGUUUACAGGUUCUCGGUAGCAGAAAGAAUUUACAACUACAGUCAACAAGCAUAUGACAUCUCGAUGACGCCAUCAAAGAAACAGGAGAACGGAGGACAUUCCCACUGGGAGACUCAGAAGCUCCACCGCGUGUCCCUUUUGGCUCAACGUGUGUCCCGCUUUAGCUCCAACGUGUGUCCGCUUAGCUCAACAUAUGUCGGUUUAGCUCAGCGUAUGUCCCGCUUUAGCUCCAAC